UGCUGCUGCUGAUGGCCAUACAGUGGCUGCGGUGUGGUCACCACGUCUACGUUGUCAGUACAUGGGAUGGGAGUCGUGCAGCGAGCAGCAUGUUGUAUCACCUGUUGCUGCAGACAGUAAAGAAGCAACUAGCACCAGAGGUAUUAGUCAGUCAGCUUCACCUUCUGGAUGUUGACCUUGAUGGCCACAAAAACGUGGAGAAGGCCGUCAAUGACUUGUCACAGGCUGCAAAUGGAGGACCGUUGUACGUCCUCAUUGACGAAAUGGGACACGAAGAUAUCUCUAUCAUGGAAGCCCCUAAAAUGAAACACAUCCAGACCUUCUGUGAGAAGUUGCUGACACAGGUUCCUCGUCUCCAUCUUUGGGCGGCAAGUUGUUACCUUAAGAACUGUCCCCCCGGCUGGCAAGUGGAAUAUUUAACCAGACCUCUCCGCUCUCCACCCGCUGUAGUCAGGGAAGUCAAGAAAGAUACAGUUAUCACGAAGGGUCUUAGUAUCAAGAAAUACAGUGAGCGAGGUGUGCCCGACCACACAGACGGCCCGCCAGUCAGACGAGUACGUCACGAUGGUGAGGGUCACUCAAGUGACUGGCCAGGUGAAUGUGUGACGUGCGGUCGUGAGGUGGCCAGCUUCCUACACAGUCUCCGUGUUGGUGUUACGGAGAAUAAUGAGCUGACAACAGUAAACACCGUCACUUCAACAACUGGCGGCACAACACCCUGUCUACAGUGGAGAGACGUGCUGGUGUUGUACUGGGAUUACUAUAUGUACUCGGGUGUGCUGAAGGGACUGCAAGAAGCGGGUAUCCCAGUGCGGGUGAUGAAGGAUGAUGACACCGAGGACGUGGCCACGGCCCGCAGUGACUUGGUGUGGGUGGCGGAUGGACGUCAUGUUCGUGGUCUGGAGAGAAAAGUCGUCGUGUGUGUUCAGUUCUAUGAUCGGUACAUGUAUGAUGACGUCAAAAAAUAUCAGGUUUCAAGACGUAACGCUCGUUAUAAAUCUGCCAGUUUCCACGCCAUAUCCCGGUGUACAUCACAACUCGUGAUUGUGGAGGAGCCACUCGCCCCCUGAACAUGCUUCACACUCCCUCACCUGUCACCUGUAGCAAUCUGAUUUCUGUCUCCUUUACACCAACAUCUAUAAUCAGUUGUAGCAUUGUGACAUUGUAACAUUCUGCUUUUUUGUGCGGGCUACUGUACUCUGCUAAACGACUGUAUCAACAGUUUGUAUCCUGGAAUUUGAUGCAUGUUCUCGAAAAUGUACACGCUACUUUUUUUUAAAUAGAUAAAAUACAGAAAUACUA